GAAUUAAUUGUCAUAAUUGAGAAAAUAAAUGGAAUUUAUUUUGUAUUCCUGCAAUAUUCCUGUUGUAUAUAUUUUGUGAAUGACAAGUUCUAUGCCAUAUUUGUGACGUAAGAAUAGUUUUAUUUAUUGCCAUAUUGUAAGCUGUGUACUAUUUUUGUGAUUUCCUUUUCUUUCCAGUCUUGAUAAAGUGGGUCCAUUUAGCGCAGUAUGAACCAAGACACAGAGUGUGGAAUGACACCAUUAAGUUGUGGAAAUGGGAAAUUGAGGCAGUGGCUUAUUGACCAGAUUGACAGCGGAAAGUACCCAGGCCUUGUGUGGGAAAAUGAUGAUAGAAGCAUUUUCCGUAUCCCAUGGAAACAUGCAGGAAAACAGGAUUAUAACCGAGAUGAAGAUGCAGCUCUCUUUAAGGUAUCUUAUUUAUAUCCGUUUCACGUAGAGGUCUUCUUUCGGUAUCAUUUUAAAUAAUCACGUUUCCUUUUUUCCCUUUCCAUUCUGAAAUAAGUAGAGGAUUAAUGGGAAUAGGGACCAAUGAUUGCUGCGUCUGGUCUUUGUUAAACAUGGAUAAGUAAACCUGCCAUGACAGAUAUAAGUUUGCAGUUUUCUAACAAUCUGUCUUGACUCAUGUUAUACAAUUAAGUGUUUCUUCCCUAAUACUAUUAAAAGCUUACAUUUUAAUGUACUUACUUUACCUCUGUCUCCUGCAAAGACCAUCAAUCAUGUUUCAGUGGGUGUUACACUUGCUGUAAAAUACGUCUUAUGUAUAUCCCUGUUUCUGAAGAACAGACUUGCUUAUCAUAACAGGUUAAAAGUCCCCUACACUGUAUGCUAGCUUUGUGUAAAUAAAACAUAUCUGUUUCCUCUCUGAAUGUAAAAAAGACAUAUCUGUUCCCUCUCUCCAUUCUAAGGUUGCCUUCAAAAGCUGCUGCUGGCUGUUUCUCUCUUCUCUCUGUGCUUGCUGCUGGUGCUGCUCUGCUUCCCCGUCCCAGAGGAGUAUUUCCCUCGUAACAGACAGACAGAGCACAGCCGACUGUUUCUCUCCUCUCUGUGUGCUUCUAAACACAGACUGAACUGACUGAGGAGGGCUGUUUUUUACCCUCUGAUUUUUGAGAAAUCUAGACAUUUGCAAGAAAUCCUAUGCAUUCUCUUUCAUUUAAGAUUACGUUGUUUUAUUAUAAGAGGUAUCCUUUACAAACUUUGCUUAUCAAUCUAAAAUGUUUUGAUAGUAAAGCUCUGAUUCAUUUAAAACAAGCAUCCAAGUUAUAAUUUGGUAUUGCCAUUUCAGAGAAAGAGAUUGACAGGUUUGCAGAUUGGCAGAGUGUUGGGAGGUUUUGGGAAUCUUCUUAAAUAUACAUAUAUAAUGGAGAAUGUUUCUCUCUGUGAUGUUUAAUAUACCUAGUUAGGUGAUGUAUAGGAUCUAUUCUACAAAAAAAAAUUAAAAGUAGUGUCUAAAGGUAUUCGCUUACCAUUAUAUUAAAGAUCUUAGGUCGGGUAGAGAUCAAUGCACAGCAGGUACAUUAAAUGCUAACGUAUCCAUUGAAAGGGCUAUGAUUAUUGAAGGUAACUAACACCUUAAAGAAAGAUUUUUGUCAAGGUUUCACAACUAUUGGAAAUAGGUCAUCCUCAAAGGUGGGAAGCUUCUGGUGGUUUUGGACUUUCGAACAUCUACAAAAGUUUGUCAUUAGUAAAGAAUUAGUAAAGAAUUUCAGAAGAAAAAAGAAUUAACAAAAGAAGGUGGCAGCCAUGCUAUGUAUAUUUGCAUAGCAAAUACAGAAUAUGCAUAGCUAUAAAGAAGUUUAUGGAGAUACAUACAGCUGUAAUUUCCCUUUAAUUGCAUAAAAUUUUCAUCUUGGAAAUGGGAAAAAACAGGGCUGAGCUAAGGUGCAAGUCUCUUUUUAUUUGCAUCCUUUGCAAACUAUAUACUGUAAAUCAUGCACACGAAGUCUAUGCUUUUGUGUUGGUUUUCUUGCAUGAUGCUGUUUUACACCCAUGCACCUUAGUAGGUUGGCGUGCCCAAAGUUGUCAUGUUUCAGAUUUUUUUAUAGCAUAAUUUCAGUUCUUCCGGCAGGGUUGGUGGAGUAAAAAAUGACAUUAAAAUACACACGUAAACACAUACAGUUAGACACACACGUGCACAAGCAAACUGACACAAAGAGGCACUGACACACACACACACACACAUAGACAGUCAUACACAGACACAGAUAGGCACACAGGCACCGACAGGUGCACAUAGGAACCGGUAGAUACACAAAGGAACAGAUAGGCAGAGAUACACACAGGCACUUACAUGUACAAAGAGACACACACAGGUACUGGAAAGCACACAUAGAAACAGAUAGGUACACACAUGCACAGACAGGUACACACAUGCACAGUAAAGUACAAACAGAUACAGACAGGAACGAAUAGGCACCCACAGGCAAACAUACUCAGAUAGGCACACGCAGACACAGAUAGGCACACACAGACAAGAACACACAAGUAUACACAUAAACCAAAAAAGUUGUCUCUUAACCUUGCCAGUGGUACCUUCCCUGGCCAGUAACUGUUUCAGCUGGCUCGGCACUUUGUGGUCUCCCCGUGUCCUCUUUUGCCAGGCUGGUCUUCUCUCUCUGCCUAUGCCUGGUCUCCUUAGUGAGGCUCAGCCAUGGUCCUGACAAUAGGGACACACAGGGAAUAUGAAACUCUAUGCUAUUUAGUAUGUAUCUCUGUCACUGCCCUGCAUCUGCUCAUGGGCAACUACUAGACUCAUCUAAAAGUCUAGGAGUGGGCAGUGAGAGCAGAGCAGGUACAGAGUAGGGUCUUUUCUAUCCAAUCCACAAUAUUGUAGCAUGAUCGGGAUGUUUAGUCUGGUAAAGGUGUCCUCGAAGACAGGCGCAAGGAAAGAUUAUUUGGGGCUAAAUAUUCGUGCUACUUCUAUGUCUGGUUCUGAUACAAACUAAUACUAAUUUUACACACUUAUUUUGAUACCUAUUAUUUGUUUUAUGUAGAAACUGAAAGUCUUGAUUUCUUUGCUAAUGCCAUUAGCCUUAAAUCAAACUUGUACAGGAAAGUUUACAUCCAUCUAAUAAAGGGGUAAUUGAUUACAUUAGUACCUUUUCAUUAUUCCCUGAUUUUACAAUCAUGCUAAACUUAAUAAAGGUUAUGUUUUAAUUCUUACUUUUCUAGGCUGACUUUUCUUUUUCCUUGUGUAUUUCUAUAAUCAUUUAUUAAGUGUCUCAUUCCAUUUUUGAAUAAGAUCUUUAAACAGCAGAUUGCCAUUGGUUCUUAAGGAGUUAAUAUCGAAUUACUCUUAAGUUCAGCACUAAAUCAUGAGAAGUAGUACUAUAAAUGUCUAUUGCUCUGUCUGCCCAUUAGGCUAGUCCUCAUUACUUUUUUCUUACUCAGUGUAUGACUAUAAUGCAUGUUAAAUAUUUUCAGAAACAAAUGAAGGUUAAAAUUCCCCCCUAAACAUUUUAUUGUAAGAUAACCUUUCCACCUCCCACGUUUCUGAUUUGAACUGAUUUGGCCUCUUUUUUUGAGAGUUUUUGUGAGUCAUUUACCAGCAGAGGGCUUGUCUGCAUUUCUAAGUACUGUAAAGCAUGAGGCUUUCAUUUGGAAUAUGUGGCAUGCUUAUCAGAUGUGGCAAUUCUCUCGUGCUCUCUUUCUUUUUUCACAGUUUUUAUUGGAUUUUUUUAAAUGUACAUUAACACACAUAAAUAAAUAAAAACCAAGCAAACAUUGAACUGUUGUUUAAAAACAUUUAAACUGUUUUAAUAAGCCAAUGAUUAUUAUAAACCUGCAAUAUUUGUUACAACACAAAGUGCAAAAGCACCAAUGCAUUUAAAAACCAUAUCAAAUGCAUGCAUAACAACUAAUAAGAUAAUGCAAACAAUAUAUCAACAUAAAUUGUAUUAUAUUCUCCUAAUUUAUCUGGUCCCCUUGUUACCAGUAUAAUAUCUACCUAAUUAUGUGUAUUAUACAUUUGUAUACCUACUAAUGGUUUAAUGGAAAGUCAAGCUUUGAAUAUAUUUAAUACAUUCAUAUUUAUGAUAUUACCGAUCACUGAAGAUGUUGAUGAUUGUGUCACAAAUCAUUUAUUUGUAGAGAAAAUAAUGAGUGGGGAUCAACUGUGACAGACCAUAAAUAGGUUAUGUCUCAGUGGUCGAAACUAACAGAGCAUCGAUGUGAGAUUCCAGGGAUCUCUCUAAGGGCUUAACCCACUAGUGCCAACGUUACAAAAAUAAUAAAAGAGGUAUGCAAGCACACCACUACUUGUACUUGCAUACCUCUUUUACUAUUUUUGUAACAAAUCAUUUAUUGUUUUUAAAUAUGUUCCAUGGAACUUGUGAAAAUUGGUUGCAUCUAAUUACCCAUCUAUACAGAUUAUGAGCAUGAGAAAUUCACAGGUAUGCCAUAUGCAAUAGCAAAGGUUCCAAAAACAUUAACAUAUAUGGAAAGUGGCGAGUUUCACAGAACACAUUCAUUACUGCCACAUAAGAUUAAGUGAUACUACACAGGACACUCGAUUCAUAACAUAGGUUACCUAUUGUACAGUGCUGUGGAAUAUGUUGGCAUUAUAUCAAUAGUUUUAUUUGUAAGUGAACAGAAGAUAAUGUAGAAUUAAUGGCUGCUCGGGUUCCCAUCUUGUUUUGUGCUUGUUAAAGUUGUGCAGCUUCUGUAUUGAUGGCUUUUGUAUUGACUUUUGCAAGAGCAUCUUUCUAUCCAGACCAUGUAUGAAAAGUAUCACAGAAAGUUUGGCAGUCUACUCACUGAGUAUUAUUGUAAUUCACAUGCAGGCCUGGGCACUUUUUAAAGGAAAAUACAGAGAGGGAGUUGACAAACCCGACCCUCCAACGUGGAAGACGAGAUUAAGAUGUGCUUUGAACAAGAGCAAUGACUUUGAAGAGCUGGUGGAUAGAAGUCAGCUGGAUAUCUCAGACCCAUAUAAGGUGUAUAAAAUUGUCCCAGAAGGAGCAAAAAAAGGUAAACAGUUUUUAGAUUUACAUAUUCAGUAGGACAUUUGUUCCCUCUAAAUGUUCCUCUUUCGUGUGUGACCAUGUUAAACACAGUGACCACAUGGAUGUCUCUGUUCGAGCUCCUGGCUACUUCCCUCUCCAAGGAGUUAGCAAGCCAGUAGCCAGUAGUAGCUACCUGAGGAAAUUAAAAAAAUUCACUGUAAUGUUUAACGUUUUAACUAUUAUCGCCCUGUCUUUCUAAUUAAUGUAUUCAUUUAUAAUAUCGUUUUCAAACAUUGUCUGUGUUUUUAGAAAAGAUUAAACUUUUCUAUAUUGUCUGUUACCACUUAAAACAGUUUGUCAAUAGUUAUAAUGCAUGUUAUUUUCUUACUUGAUAUAUGUCUCCACUCUUUGCAUAUUUACAGGCUACUUAGCAAAGUGGGAAUUGCAAAAUAAUUCAAUGUGAACUUACAUUUUGAAGCCAAAAUAGACAAUACGGAGAAAAAGACAUAUCAGUCAUGUCUUCAGUUUGUUUACAUCAGUCAGAGAUAUGAAAUUCACUUUGAAUUCCUGCAGUUCACACUUUUUCUGAAUAACUUGGAUAAUUUAAUAAUAAUUAUCUUCUGAAAUUGCUCAACCAAAGCAAGCCAUUGCAACUUUCUCCUCUUUCCAGCCUUGUCUCAGCUAAUUUUGCUGAACAAAAUUCAAUAACACAGUUACAUUACAGAUAAAAUGAACAAACACUAAACACAUUAGUGACAGGUAAAAGUAGGUAGAAUAGCAUAACAUUUAACAAAUAAUCAAAAUCACAGCACUAUUUCCUGGCUAAAUAGUCAAUAAACUAUUAUUAAUAGUGGGCUGGAAACCUAAAAAAUUGCAUUUUUCUUUCAAACCUCUACUUGUUCAAGGGAAUCUAUGAUUUAUUUUUUUACUGAACAUUAUUAAAGUUGGUUUGACUUGUAAUUGGCAAAAAAAGAUAACAAAAUAAUUUAAUUAAUCCAGAGACUUCAAUACCAUAUACAAUUAUAGACCUGAUGAUUAAGCUCCAUGACUUACACUAUUCACUCUCAUAUUGUACAUGCUGAUGGUCUCAUACUUAAAACACGUACUAGCCUUGCUCACCCCUCCCUCCCAACUUUAAAAAAAGACUGUGUGGCCUCAUUUGUCACUCCACCACAUUAAUUUACUCUACCACAACUAUAUACAACAGUGUUAGAUAUUGACUGGGAUGCCCAUUGGAUUGAUUUAAUUAUACAUAGAAUUGUAUCCAUAAAAAGUAGGUUUAUGCCCCAAUAGCUUCACGGUUUUGUUAAACCUGGUAUCUGACAGUUUGAAACCAUUCCUUGUACCUGUGUUCACUCUUUUGCCCAGAUCAUGUCUAUAUAUAGUGUAUACUAGUCAAAGGCAAUAAUCUAGGGCACCAAAUAAUCAAUGCACCCACAAGUGUACAUGGCAAUCUUUACAGAAUGGAAAUAUCCAUAAUAAACCAUUUAAAUUGCUGCGUGAAACAUUAAUACUGCUUCAUAGAAGGGCAGUGGAUACCUAGAGUAGCAUUACAGUAGAUCCCAUAUGGACUAACACAGUAAAGAAAUCCUGAAGUAUCAACAAGCAAAAUGAGCCAUAAAUUGCAAAAUUGGGGCAUAUGGGAGUUACAAGUAACGGGUGUUGGUCAUAUUACAGGGAAACUGUCAUAUCUCAGAAUUUUAAUAUCAUGGUUACUCAUAUUUAACAAAUGUGUAAUAGAGUGGUAUUAACAAAAUUGAAGCUUUUUUUCUGAAGCUGUGUGUCUCCUUCUUAGCCCAACUCAUUUGCAAUAUGUGCCUUAAGUAGUAUAUGGCCAGUGGUUUAGACAGGUUUCUAGUACGGUUUGAUAACAUCUGACCACAACUUACUAUCUCAGUUUGACAUUCUCUACCAGACAAAAUAAAGUUGUGUAAGAAUCUUUCACUUUGAGUUCACUUUAAAUUCUUGACAAUUCUCACUUUAGUGAAUAACCCUUAUAUAUUUUUAUCUUUAUCCUAACCAUAAUUGUAUAAUUCAAAUCGAUCCUAAACUAAAGGCCAACAAUCACUAUUUUUAUAUAACCAAUGUGUUCAUCUAUAUCUAAAUGUUUCCUCACAAUCUAUGAGUGCCAUAUUUUUGUUUUGUGUUCUAAAGAGACUGUAUCCACUCAGUUUCAUAGUAUGUAUGCAAACAGUGCAGUAAAUGUAUUGUUGUUAAUUGUGCACAUACAGGAUUAAAGCAGCCUGGAUCAGAAGAUGCACAGCUUGUCAUGAACCAUCCUUUCCCUGUGCCUUCUCCAUAUGGUUCCUUGCAGCCUCCCACCCAGGUAUGAACCUUAUAUUAGGUUGGAUGCUGACAAAAUAGCCAGAGCAAUAUUUUUUGAUAAAGCACUAUACAUAAUAAUAGGUGAAUAUUGCGCACACAAAAUAAAUUAAUAAAAAGGCCAUGAAAAACUCAAAAAGUCGCCAUAGUGUGUAAAGUCACCCCUGUGUCUUGUCAUGGUAAAUCCCUGACAUACCUGUCAUAAAACAUAUAUAGAAAAUAGUACAGGGGGUCUGGUAAUAUAAAAAUAAAUAUUUAUUACACAUAACUAGCUUAUAUAGUUUUACAUACAAUAACAUUUUCUUUUAUUUUACACUAUUGUGGUUACACAUAAGGCACAUAGUGUGCCAUAUGUCUAAGUUUAGCCCAGAACUGCUUUUAAUGUUGCUGUUUAUAUAUGCCGGCAAUUGUUUCUUUAGGUACAGUUCACGUGUUUAGAAAGGGUCAGUCCAAGCAUAGGCUCAUCUAAAUGCAGGUCCAAACUGCCCAGCCUGCCCUCUGUUUAGGUUUCUAAGGACACUUUUGGCUGAACUUGAGUUAGCUUUAAUCCCUUUAACUUCAUAAUAAUGAAAAACGUGUUAAUAAAAACAAAAAUACUUCCUUUUUAUUUUUUAAAAUUUUUUUUUACAUUAAACGCUAGUAGUAAUUUGUUAUUCAAAUAGUGAUUUGUUAUUGAAUGAACAAUCAGGUUUAUUUAAAAAAUAAAAAUAAAAAAAACUAUUUCAGCCUGUUUAAAGAGUAUAUGAAAAAAAACACAUGGCGAUAUGUUUCCUUAUUAUGUUAUUGAUUGAAGGCAAUAUUUCACUGUUCGUUUUUAUUUUAUUUUCUCUAUCAGCUAUUCAGACUUUUGAAAUCACACUUUUGCUAUUCUGACUAUUAAAUCACAAUUAAGAAAGUAAGAAUAAGAAAACCCUAAAAGUUACUUUUUGUUUUGUUUAACAUAUGACUAAAUCAUAGCCUCAUACCAUAGCAGGUUUGUGACACGCUUAUUAUUUUUAAUUAAGAUAUGGAAUUUCACACUACGUUAUGUUAUUGUUUGUCUUAAGAGAAAAAUAGCUCAACUUUCCACAGCUGGUGAAUUGCAAGCAUUUUUUUCCUGCUCUCUGAUCAUAAACUAUAAUGUGUGCAUCUUCCUCUACAACAGGUGUCAAACUAUAUGAUGCCUCAUGAACGUAACUGGAGAGACUAUGCACCAGAGCAACCACAUCCUGAACUUCCUUACCAGUGCGCAACUGUCCCCUUUGCAACACGCAGUCACCUAUGGCAAAACACUUCCUGUGACAAUAGUAUGUAGAGCUUUUUUCCCUUCUAACAUUAUGGGGCUCAGAACAUUUGACAGAAUGUUACUUAGGAAGGUGGCCAUGCUAAGUGUACAUUUUAAUCAGGUUUCUCUUUUAACCCCUUAAGGACCAAACUUCUGGAAUAAAAGGGAGUCAUGACAUGUCACACAUGUAAUGUGUCCUUAUGGGGUUAAACGUGGAGAAAGAGGCAAAAAUAUUUAUUCUGUAGAUUUUCACUUUAAUCAAUAGAGCAUUUCCCAUAAUCACUAGUUAGUAAUGCAGAAAUAAUGUACCAUAGAUGAACAUACUGGCGCUGAUAUUAUUUCUGAUAACCUUGAUUAAACUACGUUUAGCAAUACAAAACUGGAGCAACCCUUGGUCAAGGUGGUUGCUCUAUAAGUAUCAAUAAAAUUAAAGAUAUUAAAGAGGAACUGUCAACUCCCAGUAUUUCUAAUAUCAUGUUGUUUAACUAUCCAUAUAUAAAAAAAAAUAUAUAUUUGUGGUUUGUAAUAAUCUUGCAACUGGGUGCCUCCAUCUUAGCUCCCUGUCAAUCAUUGUUAUAAGCUCUGUCUGUGCACCUGGCAGUCAGCAUAGGAAAGCAUAUCGAGAUGAGGAGAAAUCAAAUGAAACAAUGCUGACAUUUCUCCUUGUCAUUAGCAUUAUAUUUUUCAUGUCUUUCCCUUGUCUGCACUGGAUUCUGAUGCCAUUUUCAAAAUGUUUAAUAUAAACUUAAAGGAAAACCAAGCAUCUCACAGAAACAAAGUUUAAAUAGUUUCUCCAACCAUCAUAACUAUUACAGGUUUCUGUAGUGGUUACGAUGGUAGGAGUACCAUGACGCUGUUCCCUGUUUUACAAAGGUUUGCCCUCUUAACUGGUCCUGACGGAUGCCAACGAUGUCUGAAAUACUCCCAGUCAAUGGGUGAGCCUUUAUGCACCAAAAAAAAAACAUGAACAGAAUUGACAUAAGCUAGCUUGGAACUCUUAUUCUAGGCUGGCUAAUUCCCAGAGAAGGAUGUUGACCUCUUGCAGGAAAGGGGGGGAAACUCAGUAUGUGCAGCGUUUUGAUACUGAAAUGCUGCACAUACGGUCUCCAUGCACCAUGACCACUUCAAAUCCCUGAAUUGGUCAUGGUGUCUGGAAUAACCCUUUCAACGGCAUGAAUUAUGGUGGCUGUUCUCAUAUAAACUGUUAUAGGGUGAGUUUGCUAAAAAAUUCCAAAGAACUGACAGAUGAAUUGUAAGUGUUGUGCCAAAAUGUUUCAGCUGAUUUUGAGAAUCUUUCCAUUUCUGUACUUUUGGUCCAAAAGAUUGAAUUCUCUUUUGAAAUCUUUUAAUACUAGCUCCAUUUUAUAAUAUUUCUCAAAAUAUAUAUAUAUUUUGGUAUUGUUAUACUUAUCGGUGGAAAAUGUUGCAAUUGAAAUGCUCCUUAAUCACUAGUAAUUAUCUGCACCUUAUCACUGAAGCAAUUUCCACAAUGUAAAUGUAUCUUCUUAAAUGGCAGCCCAUCAGAUCAUAUCGUGAUCCCUUUCUAACAGAGAUAAAUGUCUCCUCCUUUAAAAGUGUGCUGUAAUAUGCAGUGAUAUCUCUGUAUACAAUCAAUAAAACUAUGCAUUAGAACAGUUUUUUGCAUAGCUCUGACAUUUGCAUUAUGUAACAUGUAUCAGCACAGAAAGUAACUUUAAGUGGGACUAUAAUAUAAAAUGACACAUUUCAGAAAAGAACUGGCAUCCAUUUUUAAAUUAGGUUUUACAAAUAUUAUGGCAUUUUUAAUAUAUAUAUAUAUAGAACAAAAUUAUAAAUGCAACACUUUUGUUUUGGCCCCAUUUCUCAUGAGCUGACCUUAAAGAUCUAAGACUUUUUCUAUGUACACAAAAGGACUAUUUCUCUCAAAUAUUGUUCACAAAUCUGUCUAAAUCUGUGUUAGUGAGCACUUCUCCUUCCCCAUGAUAAUCCAUCCACCUCACAGGUGUGGCAUAUCAAGAUGCUGAUUAGACAGUAUGAUUAUUGCAAAGGUGUGCCUUAGGCUGGCCACAAUGAAAGGCCACUCUAAAAUGUGCAGUUUUAUCACACAGCACAAUGCCACAGAUGUCACAAGUUUUGAGGGAGCGUGCAAUUGGCAUGCUGACUGCAGGAAUGUCCACCAGAGCUGUUGCCCGUGAACUAAAUGUUCAUUUCUCUAGCAUAAGCCAUCUCCAAAGGUGUUUCUGAGAAUUUGGCAGUACAUCCAACCAGCCUCACAACUGCAGACCACAUGUAACCACACUAGUCCAGGACCUCUACAUCCAGCAUCUUCACCUCCAAGAUCGUCUGAGACCAGCCACCCGGACAGCUGCUGCAACAAUUGGCUUGCAUAACCAAAUAAUUUCUGCACAAACUGUCAGAAACCGUCUCAGCGAAGCUCAUAUGCACGCUCGUCGUCCUCUUCGGGGUCUCGACCUGACUGCAGUUCGUCUUUGUAACUGACUUGAGUGGGCAAAUGCUCACAAUUGAUGGUGUCUGGCACUUUGGAGAGGUGUUCUUUUCACGAAUGAAUCCCGUUUUUCACAGUACAGGGCAGAUUGCAGACAGCGUGUAUGGCAUUGUGUGGGUGAGCGGUUUGCUGAUGUCAACGUUGUGGAUCGAGUGGCCCAUGGUGGCGGUGGGGUUAUGGUAUGGGCAGGCGUAUGUUGUGGACAACAAACACAAGUGCAUUUUAUUGAUGGCAUUUUGAAUGCACAGAGAUACCGUGACGAGAUCCUGGGGCCCAUUGUUGUGUCAUUCAUCCACGACCAUCACCUCAUAUUGCAGCAUGAUAAUGCACUACCCCAUAUUGCAAGGAUCUGUACACAAUUCCUGGAGGCUGAAAACAUCCCAGUUCUUACAUGGCCAGCAUACUCACAGGAUAUGUCACCCAUUUAGCAUGUUUGGGAUGCUCUGGAUCGGCAUAUACGACAGUGUGUUCCAUAUCCUGCCAAUAUCCAUCAACUUUGCACAGCCAUUUAAGAAGAGUGGACCAACAUUCCACAGGCCACAAUCAACAACCUGAUCAACUCUAUGUAAAGGAAUUUGUGUUGCACUGCGUGAGGCAAUUGGUGGACCCACCAUAUACUGACUGGUUUUCAGACCCCCCACGGACCUCCCUGGACUGCACCAAUACAGUAAAACUGCACAUUUUAGAGUGGCCUUUUAUUGUGGCCAGCCUAAGGCCCACCUUUGCAAUAAUCAUGCUGUCUAAUCAACAUCUUGAUAUGACACACCUGUGAGGUGGAUGGAUUAUCUCGGCAAAGAAUAAGUGCUCACUAACACAGAAUUAGACAAAUAUGUGAACAAUAUUUGAGAGAAAUAGUCCUUUUGUGUACAUAGAAAAAGUCUUAGAUCUUUGAGUUCAGCUCAUGAGAAAUGGGGGCAAAAACGAAAGUGUUGCGUUUAGAAUUUUGUUCAGUAUAUAUAUAUAACGUCCUCCUCUCUUUUAGCACAGCCACCAAGUUGAAUAAGCCUUUGCCAGUUUUACAGUUAUCUAACAGGUCUCAUCUUUUAAGGCUGCUAGUUUAUGGGUUGUAAUUAAUAUUUUUGAACAUUUAUACUUUAUUUUAUUGUUAUUAUAUUAAUUUUACAUAUAUGCUAUUGUUAUCCUGAUCUUGCUUAUCUUUGGCAAUUAAACACAUUAUUUAUUGGCCUGCCAUUGCUUUCUAGACUAUUAAUCCUGCCCAAUUUUUAUGAGUCUCACAUCGUAAUAUGUGCUUAACCUGAACAUUUUUAUCUACCUUUCACUCUUUAACAGUGCAUUGAAUAGGACGUCCCUAUCUUAUGGCAACCCCCAACUCUUGCAUAUUCCCAGACCUGAUGACUGGUAUGGGAUUCCUUCUUUAACCUCAUUGCACUUCUUAGCUUAUUCCCUCUGCGCCAUCACUCUCUAUCUCUUUGAGGUUCAUGCCAUCUGCCUUUUUCAGCACUUCUCGCUACACAUUAAAUUUAUCUACUGUCCACCUGGCUACUCUAGCUCCUUCUAGGAACACUUUUAAGCCUGGCUCCCUCACUUCUUGCUUCUUGACAUUCUCUCUGUUAUCUGCAGAGAUGUUAAGAUCUCUGCAGAUGCACCGAACCAGCUCAGAGGCUCAUGCAGUGGUCAAAUUCCACUACACAUCAAGCCAGCAACACUUGAGACCUUAUCUUCUCUAAUCUUUCCUCUAUUGUUACUUUCACAAACACACUGCUCCCUCACUCUGAUCACAACCUCCUAAGCUACCAUUGUCUUGUAGCCAACUGAACCACCCUCACUUGUCACACAUAGACUCUGCAGAAACCUGAAAUUCCUUGAUCUGCAGGAGCUUUCCAUUGAUAUCCAACUUCUCCUCUCACCAAUCUCAAACCUACCCUUUUAAACAUUCUGUCCUCUCAAGUACCCUAGAUAAGCUAUGUCCACUCACUGCUUGCCCUUCCCAUCAAACUAAAUACCAACCCUGGCAUAUGAAAUGUUCCUGAAACCCCUAAAGCUGUGGGUGGUGGAACGUUUCUGGAGGAAGCUUUGUAGUAUGGCAGACUUCCUGCACUACAAAUGUAUGUUGCAUUCCGGCAGCUGUGCCCUCUCUCUCAAACAGGCUUCACCUCCCUCAUCUCCAUCUUCACCCUAUGAGCCCUAUGAACCUCUACUAAUCUCACUUCUGUCACUUUGCAUCCUUUUACAUCUGAAAAGAAAAGACCUCAGUUGCUUUUCCCCCCAACUGUCUAACUCUUUGCCCGACCUCCUCCUCUACACUUAUAAAUUCUUUACAAUUUCUAAAGAGGAGGUUUCUGUGCUUUUUCUUUCUUCCUGCCCUACCCCAUGUGCCCUUGAUCCCAUUCCCAUGCACCUUACUCAAACUUUCUCAUCUGCAACUCUCCUAUUUUUGACUGAAUUCUUUAUCUUUAGGCAUUUUCUCUUCUCCUUCAACCACAUGCUGAUCACACUAAAAAAAGCAUUCUCUUGAGCCGGAUGCUUUCCCUAGCUUUUUUCUCCCCUUUACCUCCAAGCUAUUUGAAUGACCUGUCUAUAUUCAACUCACAGACUAUCUUCAAGAACGAACCCUUGUUGUUCGUUCCUCUAAGGCUACAUGUGUCCCUGUUUACCUUCAUGUCAAAGAGCUAUCAUAACCUCUCACCACUAGGCAUUGUUUUGGUGUGCUCUUUGACUCUGACUUUUUCUUCCCCCUUUAGAUAAUAUCUUCCCCAAAGUCUGUCAAUUUCUCACAUUCAUCCCUUUCUCAUUCAGGAUGCCACUAAAAUGCUUGUCCAUGCUCCACUGUAGUCUCUACUGUAGCUUCUCAAGGGCCACCCUUUCCUAAUGGAAUGCCCUCCUGUGACACAUUCUACUCUCCCUAUCUCUGCAGUCCUUCAAAAAAUUAUAAAAAACACAAUUAUUUAGAGAAAUCUACCAGCUUGUCCCUUAACUCCUCUACCCUGAUUACCUUCCUCUGCUGUGCUCCAUCCUCCCAAAUGUUUGCCCCAUCCCUCCAGGUACAUCCAGAUAAUCUGAGUCCCUAACAAACCCUAAUAGCAGCAGAUGAGAAGAACUCAAUAUACUGUGUAAAUCAAAGGCUCUUCAAUCAUACGUUUAACUGAUAGGCAAGUCAGUGCCUCUCUAAAUCACAAUAUAGCUAAGCUAUUCACUGCUAUACAGCUUCAUAAUGAUAUACAGAUAUAUAAUUACUUCAUACAAUUAUGGUGCUAAGAACCAGAGCAGGUUUAAUUUUUGUGUUGAAUUUACUGCUUACCAUAUAGGUACAAUGUAGACUCCAAAACUGCUUACUAAUUCAAUUUUUUAUUAUGCAGGUUACCAAGUAACUGGAUCAUUUUAUGCAUGUGCACCGUCUGAAUCACAGGCCCCAGGCCUUCCACUGGAGCCAAGUAUAAGGACUGGGGAGGCCAUUGCAUUGACAGGUAUGUUGCACUUGUAUCAUCAUCAAACUACAAGCUAUAUAUAUAUAUAUAUAUAUAUUAAUUUUUAUUAUUUCUUUUCAUUCAUAGUUAUCUUUAAAACAUAUGAUAAGUGGCAUAAUAUAUCUGGCUAUUACUUUUCUCUUUCUACAUCAAAUAAUGCCUGUGCCUCUUGCAUUGGUUCCUCUUAUCUUUAGAUGAGGGACCUUUCUAUUUAAGACAUGUGCAUUACAUAUACAAUCUAAUUUUACAAAUGUGCUCUGAUUUAUUUUUAUUAUCUUAAUUCUGUUACAUUGUCACUGUAAGCAGCAUAACCACUUUAGCUAUCAUGGUUAUGGCCCAGCUACCCUUGACCUUUAAUUAUCAUUUCAGAUUAGGAGGGAAAAUAUAUUUUCUUAUUUUCUUAAAUAUAUUUUCUUACCCAGCUGUAAUCUUAUCAAUCAGACAGGUAGAAUUAUACUUCUUCCAAGCAUGCCCAUUUCAUUCCAAGGUGUGCUUGUGGUGUGCAAAUCAUUUUUCACUCCCCUACCUUUCUCUUUCCUCUUCUUUGGUAAAAUUGGAGACAUAAACGCAUACAUACUGGUUCAGCAGUGUUGGCAAACAUCGUAAAUCGCCCUGAACAGAAUACUGUGAAUGGGGCUCUGAAUAAACUGCAUUAUGGCUAAUAGCUUACAGCCCAGUUCCACUCAUUAAAUUUGAUGAAUGAACUGAGAAAGUUGCUGAACUACAUAUUCCUUAACCCCUCAAGGACCAAACUUCUGGAAUAAAAGGGAAUCAUGACAUGUCACACAUGUCAUGUGUCCUUAAGGGGUUAAACCACUGCUGUACAGGGGUGCAUUGCAUAAGAAAAGAAAAAAAAAACAAGGCAGAAAUGAAAUGCUCAUAAUUGGUGGAGCCUCUUUCUGUUCUGUGAGACACUUUUCUGUGCAAGAGCAGCAACGUUACAAUAAUAAAUGAUAAGUAUUCUAUCAUUGUUUUUGUGUGUGCAAUUUUCAAUGUAAAAUAUGCCCUAGAACUACAUUCAAGUCACAAACAAUAAGCUGGGGUGAAUUAGAAGCUCAUAACUGUCCAGUAGCCAAUUAAUUCCAGUCAUAAGUAAAGACAGCCACUGGGACGCUACUCUAUACCACAAUAAUGUUUACUUGUAAACAGUGUUUGGACAAUGGAGAGAACUCUGAAUUGAACUUGAAGUUGUGUUGUUUCAUUAGUGUUUAUAGUGGCGAUUGUCUGAUCUCCCUCUAACGCAAGCACACACUGUAAUAAAACCGCUAAUAAAGAACUAGUAUAAAAAAGACACAUUGUAAUGCAGUUUGGAUCAAAGGUAACUAUUAUUUUGCAAUUUGUGAUGUAAAAGUUCAGAUCCCACUUCCUGACAAUGCCUCAAAAUUUCCUCCAAUUUUCCUAGAUCGGUACCCAUUUGAUAUAUCCCCAAUGGAGUGUCAACCCUGUGACAGAUAUUUGUGUCAUCUACGAAAAGGUAUUCUUUUCCAUUAAAACCACUAAUGAUACAAUUAAUGAGCAUUUUAAACAUGACACCCAGAGUAUCCAUACAUUGAUGGCUGGCAAACUGUAUUGCCUUUGAGUGUAUCCAUGACAACAAGACAUUGUUGUCUGGUACUGAAUAUGCCAUGUUGAUAAAAGCUAGUAUUAGUAUGACCUAUUGACCUUUCUUGUAACAGCCCCUCUGGUGUACAUAUAUAUGUGUGUGUGUGUGUGUGUGUGUGAAUAUAUAUUUAAAUACAAGUUCCUCUUUUAUUACAGAAUAAAAAGGAAGCAAUACACUUAACAUUCAUUUUAAAUUCUGCUAAAAUUAUACACACUGAAAACCAACUGCAGUUAAUUCAAAACUCAAAUUUCAGAAUACAGGGAGUGCAGAAUUAUUAGGCAAGUUGUAUUUUUGAGGAUUAAUUUUAUUAUUGAACAACAACCAUGUUCUCAAUGAACCCAAAAAACUCAUUAAUAUCAAAGCUGAAUAUUUUUGGAAGUAGUUUUUAGUUUGUUUUAGUUUUAGCUAUGUUAGGGGGAUAUCUGUGUGUGCAGGUGACUAUUACUGUGCAUAAUUAUUAGGCAACUUAACAAAAAACAAAUAUAUACCCAUUUCAAUUAUUUAUUAUUACCAGUGAAACCAAUAUAACAUCUCAACAUUCACAAAUAUACAUUUCUGACAUUCAAAAACAAAACAAAAACAAAUCAGUGACCAAUAUAGCCACCUUUCUUUGCAAGGACACUCAAAAGCCUGCCAUCCAUGGAUUCUGUCAGUGUUUUGAUCUGUUCACCAUCAACAUUGCGUGCAGCAGCAACCACAGCCUCCCAGACACUGUUCAGAGAGGUGUACUGUUUUCCCUCCUUGUAAAUCUCACAUUUGAUGAUGGACCACAGGUUCUCAAUGGGGUUCAGAUCAGGUGAACAAGGAGGCCAUGUCAUUAGAUUUUCUUCUUUUAUACCCUUUCUUGCCAGCCACGCUGUGGAGUACUUGGACGCGUGUGAUGGAGCAUUGUCCUGCAUGAAAAUCAUGUUUUUCUUGAAGGAUGCAGACUUCUUCCUGUACCACUGCUUGAAGAAGGUGUCUUCCAGGAACUGGCAAUAGGACUGGGAGUUGAGCUUGACUCCAUCCUCAACCCGAAAAGGCCCCACAAGCUCAUCUUUGAUGAUACCAGCCCAAACCAGUACUCCACCUCCACCUUGCUGGCGCCUGAGUCGGACUGGAGCUCUCUGCCCUUUACCAAUCCAGCCACGGGCCCAUCCAUCUGGCCCAUCAAGACUCACUCUCAUUUCAUCAGUCCAUAAAACCUUAGAAAAAUCAGUCUUGAGAUAUUUCUUGGCCCAGUCUUGACGUUUCAGCUUGUGUGUCUUGUUCAGUGGUGGUCGUCUUUCAGCCUUUCUUACCUUGGCCAUGUCUCUGAGUAUUGCACACCUUUGCUUUUGGGCACUCCAGUGAUGUUGCAGCUCUGAAAUAUGGCCAAACUGGUGGCAAGUGGCAUCGUGGCAGCUGCACGCUUGACUUUUCUCAGUUCAUGGGCAGUUAUUUUGCGCCUUGGUUUUUCCACACGCUUCUUGCGACCCUGUUGACUAUUUUGAAUGAAACGCUUGAUUGUUCGAUGAUCACGCUUCAGAAGCUUUGCAAUUUUAAGAGUGCUGCAUCCCUCUGCAAGAUAUCUCACUAUUUUUGACUUUUCUGAGCCUGUCAAGUCCUUCUUUUGACCCAUUUUGCCAAAGGAAAGGAAGUUGCCUAAUAAUUAUGCACACCUGAUAUAGGGUGUUGAUGUCAUUAGACCACACCCCUUCUCAUUACAGAGAUGCACAUCACCUAAUAUGCUUAAUUGGUAGUAGGCUUUCGAGCCUAUACAGCUUGGAGUAAGACAACAUGCAUAAAGAGGAUGAUGUGGUCAAAAUACUCAUUUGCCUAAUAAUUCUGCACUCCCUGUAUAGACGAAACUAGCCAAGUUGCUGUAAGUUGGAUCAUUUUCUCAAAGCAGCCUUUGUUGACUACAUUUCGUGAUUUGGUUUCUCAAUUCACUAAAAGACUGAAGGAUAUCAGUGCACAAUGUAUUGAAAUCAACAUCAAACAACUAUCUAAGGUUCCAUACAUGGAACUAUCUAAGGUUCCAUACAUCUUGAUAUGACACACCUGUGAGGUGGAUGGAUUAUCUCGGCAAAGAAGAAGUGCUCACUAACACAGAUUUAGACAAAUAUGUGAACAUUAUUUGAGAGAAAUAGUCCUUUUGUGUACAUAGAAAAAGUCUUAGAUCUGAGUUCAGCUCAUGAGAAAUGGGGGCAAAAACGAAAGUGUUGCGUUUAGAAUUUUGUUCAGUAUAUAUAUAUAAUGUCCUCCUCUCUUUUAGCACAGCCACCAAGUUGAAUAAGCCUUUGCCAGUUUUACAGUUAUCUAACAGGUCUCUUCUUUUAAGGCUGUUAGUUUAUGGUCUGUAAUGAAUAUUUUUGGACAUUUAUACUUUAAAUGUUUGUAGGCUGGGGUGAAGACAUAUAUAGUUAUUAUUGCAUCUCUCAGCAUUGAGAUUUCAUGACAUGACAUUUACUAUCAGAACUGUUUAUGUUGUUGUCGUAAAAACAUUGUAGUAGAUUUUGAGAUUAACAGUUUUAAACUAAAGGAUAAUUUACCAUUAGCCUCAUCUUCCAUGAUCUGAGCUCAGGCUAAAAAAUUUUUUUUUCUCAGACCCCUACUUAAAUCUCAAUAUGUGCCUCACACACCGUCGUAAAUGCAACAGGCGCAAUUGAGAAAGAGGCUCAUUAUUCAGCAAUUUUCCACUGAAUUAAAAAAAAAUUUCUUAUACAUCUCAGCUCUUUCUCAUAAAUUGUAAGCAUGGCAUUAUUGAUACCAUGCUGUUUUUUUUUUUAUACCCAGCUUCAUUUAGGACACUCUUCUGAUGUGGAAGAUGUUGUUUACAUAUCAAUAAAUCAAAAAUGCUUCCCUAUGCACUUUUUGGGUAAAUGUGUUAUCUCUCAUUCUGCCUGCACUCACCUCCCCUUCUCUUAUCCUGAAACGCAAAGCAAAUGUCAGCUUUCACCAACAGACAGCAAACCUCUCAGGUAUCCCUAUUUAGGAGGGAGAGUACAUAUUUUGGGCCCAAAUUCCUCUGUCCUGCUUUUCUACUGGUAUAAUCAGAAAAACUAAGCUACAUCUACUGUUCUAAGUAUGUUAAGCAAUUGGGAUGUGGAUGUGUUUAAAAGCAAACACACAAUCUAAUUAUUUCCCCAGUCUGCUGAGUAAAACACAUUACUGAGUCAACGAUCUAAGAUAACAAUUAAGCUAUGAAAGCGUAUGCAUAUAGAUAUUGUUACAGAUAUAAUAGUAAAAUAGAAAAAUAAAAGCAUUGACUUCCUAGGGCAAAGAAUUCCCAAAUCCAAUACCAUAUUUCUUCCCUCUAAUCCUUCAUUACUGUUUGGUAGUCUACCAUAUCAGAUAUCACCCUAUUGUAUAUGCUACGGAAAACAAAGCAGACCUCAUUAUCAUGCAGCAGCAAUGCCUAAAUUGUUAUCAUAUUGAAAUAUAUUAUCUACACUAUUGUUAAACGAGUCAUCUUUUUUUACAGACUGCCGAUUACAUAUCAGCUUAUACUAUCGUGAUACAUUGGUUAAUGAGAGAACCACUAGUAACCCAGAAGGCUGCAGGAUCACACAUGGACAAAACUAUGAAAUAAGUUGUUUGGAUCAAGUGGUUUUCCCAUAUCCAGAGGACAGCAACUUGAGGAAAACAAUUGAGAAGAUGUUGAACCAUAUGGAGAGGGGUGUUAUUGUGUGGAUGACUCAAGAUGGAAUCUAUGCCAAGAGACUAUGCCAUAGCAGAAUAUACUGGGAAGGACCUCUAUCUAUUUACAGUGACCGACCAAACAAACUGGAACGGGAUAUGCCAUACAAAUUGUUUGACACGCAGCAAUUUUUAACAGGUAAAUUCAGGAUUGAUCUAGAAUUGUUUGACCUGUUUGUAAAUUUAUCUUUUCCUGUACCGUCAAUAUUUCAAAUUACUCACAGAGAGCCAUAAUAUUGAUUGGUAAAAUAUCUACCAAGUAUUUUCACAUGAUAAUAUGUUAAUAAACACACCCUGCUCUGUUUCUACUACCUGCUGCUCCAACCAAAAUGAACCUUAAUUGCUGAUACCUUUUGUCCAGUGAUGGCUUGUUCAUAGGGCCAAUGAUGGCAGUGCCUUACUAUAUAAUUGUUGUAGGAAAAAUUCUAUUGCCAGUAGUAAAAGAUUAAAUGAACAACACGAUCCAUUAUAAAUAGUAAAUAUGAACCAUACAGCAAUAUAGUACUAUAAUUUUGCUUCCCCUUCCACCGGAGCACAAACUAAUUCACGGAUACUGAAUGAUUUACUGCGUGGAUAAGCUGUUGUGAGCAAGGGGGCAUGUUUGAAAAUUGCCCAUUAAAAGCGUACCACCAACAAGCUCAUUCUCUUCCUCGUGGUGAUUUCUGAUGUGCCUCACUUAAUCUCCAGUAGGGCAUCGUCAGAGUCACUGCUUCUAAAGAAUCCUACAAACACAGAGCUGGGCUUGUUGUAUAAGGUUCUUUUAUUGUGCACUUAAUAUAGUCCCUUCAUAUGGCAUGUCAAGCAAUGAUUUUUUUUUCUGAUUUAUCUAAUUAAAGUUUUAUGUCCAUAUAAGAAAUUGAACCCCAGUUGCCAGUGUAAAAAAACUAAAAAAACUUAACUAGUAUGCAACACAUGAACUGUAUUCAGACUUUGUAGGCUUAUUAAAAAAACAACAAAAAUAUCAAGCCAGUUUUAAUCACUGACAAUUAGUAAUGCACAAGUCUAGAAAAAAAGUAAGUACUUGUAAUUACAUCUCCAAUUAUCUGUCCCAAUAAUAUCCCAAAGAAAUAUUUCCAUUUCUUUUUUGCUCUUAUGCAUGAUGCAGCAGGAGUCUAGGUUCCUGACUUGAUUGUUUUUCUAUCUAUUAUCAGAGCUGCAGGCCUUUGCUCACCAUGGGCGUCCAAUACCAAGGUUCCAGAUAGUUUUGUGUUUUGGGGAAGAAUUUCCAGACCCUCAGAGAGGGAGAAAACUAAUAACGGCUCACGUAAGUCUAACUGCAGUUACCAUUGCCAUUUCCUGUUUCCUCCGAGGAAAUUCAUCUGAAGCUGUACAUAGUUAUUGUAUAUGCUGCAUGCUACUGAAAGCAGUCAUCAUCAUUACUUGUCAACAUUUUCUCUAUAAACUGGUACUCUCAGGAUUCUGGGAAUUCCCAAAUGGGGAAUCUUUAUUUACCACAACAACGUGGAUGCAAGGAAAUAGCACAGAAUGAGUGUGUGUGUCUCGCAAAAAAAUAAAUAAAUAUUUAUUAAAACAUCUUGGUGCCAAGCAACAAAGUGAGAGAUGAAAAUUACAACCAAAGCUAAACAUGAUUUGUGUGCCUAAACACUUACUUAUAUGUGCCUAGCCACAACUUGUGUUUAGCGUUGGAUGUGGUUUUUAUCAUCUCUCUCAUUGCUAUGUUUGGCACCAAAAUGUUUUAAUAAACGUUUCUUUGUAAGAUAAUCAAAACCUAGCCCAUCUGUACUGUUCAGUUGUAUCUCUCUCUCUUGUAUAUAUGUAUAUAUAUAUAAUGCAUAUUCUUUGACUUAAACCUGCAUUGUUUUUUGUCUAGAUUGAGCCUCUGUUUGCCAGACAGCUGAUUGGAUUUGCUGAACAAAAUGGUGGACAUUUUAUGAGAGGAUAUGAUUUAUCAGAUCACAUCAGCAGCUCAGAAGAAUAUCAUCGGCCAAUUCGCCAUACCCCACUUCAAGAAUGAAAUUCAAAGAUUUUUUAAUCCACACUAUGGUACUGUGGUGUGGAACCCAUAACUGACAAUAUCAACCUACUGAGGAAUCUACAUUCUUUCACAGAGAGAUGGAUGUUCCUCAAACUUGAAUAUAUACUGAGAAAUGAACCUUUGGAACUUUUGUGGAUAUAUAAGCAAAUUACAUAAUGAAUUGCAUAUUUGUGGAUAGUGCCUAACUAGUCAACACAAAAGAUUUUCUGCAUUCUGUGAUAACAAAAAUGUAAUUUUUGCUACUUCACUAUCACCUCAUCCUAAUUUUAAACUAGGAACAUGAACAGUCUAAAGAAACAAGUGGUCUUGAAUAGAACAUUGCAACCAAACUCUUUUCUGGUUAAAAAUAGUUUAUCUCCUAGUGGACACUGAAGGAAUUUGUGUUUCAAUAUAAAACGGACAUGUGUGUCUUUCUUCAUAAUUAGAUAGACCUUCAAAUUCAUAAUCUACUUUUAACACGUCCCAGUGCUGGCUUCCAUAAAUAUAUCUAUUUAAAAAUGCACCCUGUUACUAACUUUCUCCCUUUUCAGUCUAUCUCUUUCACUUUCUAACUUAAACCAUGCUGAGCUGCACUAACACAUAAGAAAAGAAUGUUUUUGCAAAAAAAAUCUUCUGGGUUUAAUUAAUUUUAUUUUUUUUAAAGGCCCAACUUCUUACAAAGUGAAAAUGUUACUUUUCAUUUAGCCUCUAAAAUAAGCUGACAUUUUCAUUUAAUAGAGAUGCUUUUUUUUGCGAAUCUCAUAUUUAAAAAAAAUAAACCUCAAUAUUCAAAAAACAUAAUAUUUU